AUGCUUAAGAAGAAGACGCUGGCACCGUCCCUUUUCUUCCGGAAUCAUAAUCACACUCCAACCGCAACCCCCGAAUUGUCCCCCACCUCCUCAGACAGCGAUUCUGAAGAGGAUAUGGACUCUUCAGGCUCCCGACCGGUCAGCCUGGCCGUCUCGGCGGGAGCCUUCUCCAUGCGCCCGACCCUCAACGAAGUCUUGGCCAAUGUCGCCCCGCCGCCCUACACGCUCAGCGCCUUUAUGGCCUACCUCUCCCAGAACCACUGCCUAGAGACUCUCGAAUUCACCUUGGAGGCCAACCGUUACCGGGAAUCAUACUACGCAUUUGUCGAUCGAUUAGCCCCCGCUACAAUGGAGGCCGACGGCCCGGAAUAUCAACACUUGUGCAUGCUCUGGCAACGGUUAAUGAACGCCUACAUCUUCCCUGGGUCGCCACGGGAAAUCAACCUCUCCAGUGAAGUGCGGGACGACCUUCUCCAAUACUCCACCGUCACCGCUCCUCCCGUCCCGGAGACGCUGGAUUCCGCCGUCAAACGCAUUCACGAUCUCAUGGAAGAAUCCAUCUUCCUCCCCUUUGUCAACUCCCACACCACCUCCCCCUCCAUGCUGGCCUCCUCCGGUCCCAUGCUGGGCCCGGAAGAUUUCAUGAGCCUGUCAUCAACCAGCCUGGAGGAGAACCCGAUGCGAAAGGUCCGGUCGCGUGGCAAGCGUACUUCACCUCAGUCAUCAACCCGGGAUCUCCCAUCGACGGGCCACGGCCGCUCGACCAUGUCGCUCGGUGCCGUGCAUGCCAUUGGCAAACGCACUUCCGGUGCUUUGCUCAGUCUCAGCGGCGAGUCUACCUCGUUGGCUUUGACCGAUGACAGCAGCUCUCCCCAGUCCAGUCCCACCGCCGAGGAACCCAUGACGCCGCCCACCACCCCGCCUGCCAGCGAACCGCACCUCCCCAUUCAAAGCCCCAAACUUCGCACCGAGAACCCGUGGAAGAAGAUGGGUAUGAAGCUUGGCUUUAAGAAGCGGUCCACCGGUGGCAGCAACGGGGGUCGCGACCCCAAGAUCCUUGGUCUGGACGACUAA